GUUCCCGGUAAAUGGGACGAAGGCCACGACGACGACGACGACGAUGCCAGAUCCUUUCUACCUGAUUCAUUGAUUGAUAUUCCAACAACGAAACGAGAGUGAAUCAAAAAAUAGAUUGAGAGAAUAAUUAUAUUCAUAAUAAUAAUAAUAAUAAUGCUACUUUCUUCUGCUAUCAAUCAUGUGAUAAGAGGGUGAGGCUGAGGCCGAGGGCGAAUGAUCUUGAUCUGAAACUAUGGAUAAUAAUAAUGAAUCAGGAAAAGGCGAAAUUUCGCAGCCAACGAGUAGUUCUAAUUGGACAAUUGAUGUUUCGGAAAUUAGGACAGUUAAAGUGACCAAUGUUGCGGAAGGAGUCUCUGAAAGAGAUAUCAACAAGUUCUUUUCUUUCUCGGGACAGAUUGAGUACAUUGAGAUGCAAAGAGACACUGAGACGACAAAGGUCGCUUAUGUUAUGUUCCGGGAUUCUCAGGGAGCCGACACUGCGGCGCUCUUGACAGGAGCGACCAUAGCCGGAGUUUCAGUCUCCGUGGCGCUGUGCAAGAACUAUCAACCACCUCCGGAUGCUGUUCUCUACACUUCAAAGGCAGCAUCAUCGACAGGUUCAGCGAUGAGCAAGGCGGAGGAAGUGGUGACGGCGAUGUUAGCUAAGGGGUUUGUAUUAGGGAAGGAUGCCAUCAACAAGGCGAAGGCGUUUGAUGAGAAGCACCAGCUCACAUCUAAUGCCUCGGCUAAAGUGGCUUCCCUGGACCGGAAGAUGGGGUUGAGUCGGAAACUGAGUAUGGGGACGGCUGUGAUGAACGAGAAGGUUAAGGAAAUGGAUGAGAAGUUCCAAGUGUCUGAAAAGACGCGGACAGCGUUUGCAGCUGCCGGACAGACUGCGAGCAGCACGGGAUCUGCCAUUAUGAACAACUGGUAUGUAUCCACCAGUGCCUUAUGGUUUACAAAUGCAUUAACUAAAAUGUCGAAGAAAGCGGAGGGGGUGAGUGCGAGGACAAAGGAGAAAGUCGAGGCCGAGGCCGAGGCCGAGGCCGAGGAGGGGAAGGAGAGCUGUGAUAAAGAGGAGGCCGAGGCUAAAAAAGCCGAAGGUAAUGAAUCUCCGACUAUUCCGGUCAUUUCUGCAGAUGAGACUAAUAAAUAAGGUCAUCUAAUCAGGGUAACUGAAGUUCUUAGGUUAGACGAUAAAGUUCAUUCUUUAGUUAUUUGGGAAAACCUUAUAAGAAUGUACAUUACAUAGAUUUGAAAGAUUUUGUUUAGAAAGAAUG